AAUCGGGCGACAAUGUUGGCUAAUUGAAUCCUCUGUGGGUUCAUGAUCAGUAAUUUAGUCGGUACUUAAAUUCAUACGGAGCCACCCAUGCUGGUACUCAUCCGCACCUGCAUCCGCACCGUCAACAGUACACAAUGAGUAGCCAUGCAAAUCGCGUCUGCCGGCGCUGCAGGACUCACAAGCGUAAAUGCGACAAGCUGCUUCCAGUGUGCUCAUUGUGCAAACGACUGAACCGUGUCUGCUGCUACACGGAACCGAACGGAAUAGCUGGAUCCAGAGACUCUCCGGAGAAUGUAUCCUCAAUUUCGCUACCGGUGCCUGAUCUAGCGCAGCUCACGUCAGCCAACAUAUCUCACACCAUCCGGAUGCAAGUCUUCACCAUCAUCGGGGAUGAAAGUAGGAUUCGAGCCGUAGCCGCGGUAUAUUUUCGGACAAUCCAUCCUUGGUUUCCCAUAUUAGCUGAAGCACCAUUUCACAAGCGUCUGUCUCACAUUCUUACUCAUCCGAGUCCGGAACUUGGCUUGCUCACGCUAUGCAUGGUCCUUCUGGGUGUCAAGCCAGUCGAUGAUGAGAUACCGCCCCGAAUGCGCUCGCUAUACAUACUAGUGAAGGGCUUCAUUGCAUCAUUAGAGGCCGCUGAGAUCAAUUCAUUGGAGCUGCUGCAGUGUAGACUACUACUCACUAUUUACGAAGUGGGCCACGGCAUGUACCCCGCCGCAUAUAUCUCCAUGGGUGCCAAUGUUCGGGCAGCAGUGGCCCUGGGGGCGAAUGGGCUAUCGAAAGCCCAGCUAGAGGAAACGUUCAAGUUCUCAGAAGGAGCGGACGAGGCUCGACGUACAUGGCGUGGCAUUAUAAUAACUGAUCGAUAUGUAUCCUUAGAGAGUAACAAAGGACCUAGUAUCUCGAAAGCUCUACUGUCGGGAGUCGUCGGUGGGAACGACGACUCCGAAGCGUUCGACCUGACCUUAACGCCAUCGAGACAUUUGUAUCACUUCAAUAAAUUGGCUCAAGCUUCACGUAUACUAGAGCAAGUACUCACCCACGUCCAUGAACCAGUUCAACACAUGGAGUUCUUCAAUGCCGAAGCUAUACAGAUCUUAAAGACACUGAGUUCUUUCAGAGGAACUGUACAAGAUGAUAACAUCGUCCCACAUGAUCGGUGCUGCAGCGCAGUUGCCUUAUCCCGGAGCGCGUUGAUGACUAUCCUAGAGUUUGGGUGCAGCCUUACGGCUCCACGGCCCGAGCCAUGUGCCGCUUUAUCGUACGAACUUCUGCAAGAUGUAAUUACGGAACUUGUUCAUGCGUCGGAGAGUUUCGCUGUGCAAGUCGCGCCGGCUGACUUAGAGGCGCUGCCCGUAUUUGUGGUACAUGCUGUCUACAAGGCAGCUCGGCUAUUACUGGGUCUGCUAAGGGAUAGCCCAAAAAUGGAUUCCAGGAGAGCCGUAAGCGUCUUAGAAAGAGUGCUCCAAUGUAUGGGCAUGCGAUGGAUGGCUGGGAAGCGGUACCUUGAUGACCUUAAAAGACAGAUGAUCGCUAGUUGAGCAGUUACCAAUGUUUUGCAUACAACCUUCGAUGAUACACAAGCGACCACGGGCCAACGUGAGGGCGACAUACAAUUCUACGGCCAGCACUUUGCAAAGCUGUCUUGGUGUUGAGAUAAAUAUAUCCAUCAGCACACUCUCAAUAGUGCUAUGAUCCACGGAUAUGC